AUGCAACAAGGUGGACAAAGUAUUGUCGAUCGACUUUUAGCUGCAAAAAAUACAAUAUCUGGACAACUUGUAGCUAAAGUUGUAUGUAAAGCAACAACAGAAGAAAUUAUGGGACCCAAACGAAAACAUCUUGAUUUUCUUUUACAAGCAACACAUGAAAUGAAUGUUUCAAUUCCUGAAACUGCUGAUCUUUUAAUUGAACGUUCACAAAAUUCUUCAUGGGUUGUUUCAUUUAAAUCAUUAAUUACAAUUCAUCAUUUAAUGUCAUAUGGAAAUGAACGUUUUGAAGCUUAUAUGGCAUCACAUUAUUAUAAUUUACAACCAGCUGUUAUGAUUGAUCGUAUAGGAAUACCUAGUAGUGAUAUGUUAAUGUAUAUUCGUCGAUAUGCUGAUUAUUUAAAUGAAAAACGUGAAGCUUAUAAAUUAAUGGGUUAUGAUUUUUGUAAAAUAAAACGAGGAAAAGAUGAUGGACUUCUUCGAACAAUGCCUAUUGACAAGUUAUUUAAAGCUUUACCUUUGCUUCAAAAACAAAUUGAUGCUAUACUUCAUUUUGAUAUUACACCUAAUCAGUUGACGAAUGGUGUUAUAUAUAGUUGUUUUUUUCUUCUUAUCAAAGAUCUUAUAUAUCUAUAUGCUGCUUUUAAUGAAGGAAUAAUUAAUUUACUUGAAAAAUAUUUUAAUAUGAAUAAAAAACAAUGUCGUGAAGCACUUGAUAUGUAUAAAAAAUUUCUCGACCGAACAGAUCAAGUAUCUCAAUAUUUUAAAAUAAGUGAACGUUAUGAACAAUUAUUUGAUCGAUGUUUUUGGGAAGGGCCGUCUGGCAUGGAUCGUAGUGAAAUUGCUGAUUUAGCUCGGGAUAUCGGGAAAAAUAAAGCUCCAAAUAGUCUUUUAGAAUCAUUGGAAAAUCAUUUAGCUUAUCUCGAAGGUAAAAAGCCAUCAUCACAAUCAUUAGUCUCAAAAAAUUCAACAGAACAAGAUAAAAAGAGUUUUUCACAUGACUUUAUUGCUCACGUGAAUGAUGAUUCGCAAAAAAUUCUUCAAGAAGAAGCGAAAGCAUUAGCAAAAUUUAAUAUAAAAAAAGAAGCUUCAUCUCCACCAUCACCAUCACCACCACCACCAGUUCCUACUCAAACAACAAUAACGACAAAUGAAAAUGUCUUUGAUAAUCCAAAUUUCUUUUCUCAACAACAAUCAUUCACUGAUGAUAUAUUUUCAUUGGCUACACCAUCAUCUCAAACAAAUAUAAAUACAUUUCCUGCAUUUCAAAAUGUUCUUGAUACAUCGACAUCAAAACCACAUGUUUUUGGUGAUGUUCUUCAACCAACUUCGAUAUCAACAAAUAAAAAUACUAAUUCAAUUCCAUUACUGACAAAUAAUCAAAAGAUUCCAACAGUUACUAAAUCAUUUCAAUCAGGUGAUAUUAAUUCAUCACUUAAUCAAUUAAUUGAUCAUCUUAAUAUAAAAGAUCAUACAAAAAUUGGAAAAGAUCAUCAAUGGACAGAAAAUGAUGCAAAAAAUCAACAAAUAAUUGGUCUACCUGCAGGAACUACAAAUACACCUGGAACAACAUGGCCAAAUCCUUCGACAAUGAGUACACCGUUUAAUAGUAUGACUGUUCAAUCAAGUACUAUGUGGCAACAACCACCAUCUACAUCUUUGAUGAAUAAUCCUUUUGCUGUAUCUAGUGGAUCAUUACAAAUGAAUUUCAAUAGUAUAAAUAAUCAACCAACAACAAAUGUUAAUACAAAUCCAUUUGCUGCUCAAGCAUUCUAUGACACUAUUGAGAUUAAUCAACAACAGGUUGUUAAUCCGUUUGACAAUCUUUAA